AUGAACACAUCAUGCCAUGCAACAAUCCUAAGCAAGAAGCAGGCCAAGAAGGAAGAGAAGAUGCUGACCAGAGAGCUGCAGCUCGUUACCCAAGAGAGAAAUCUUCUAAGAGAACGCCUGAUGUAUGUCACAGAGGGAGCCAUGAAUAAGAGGCCCUACUAUACACCAAAUCCAUUCUAUGAAAAAUUGAAGUUAAAAGAGAAGGAGAUCAUGUCAUUUCUACAAAACUUAGAGAUGGAGAACAUUGAGGCCCGACAGAAAUUCGAGGAGCACAAGAAGGAGAUCAACUUCUAUCGGAACCUGGAGAGCUGCCUCCUGAUACAGAAAGACAUUAUGAAUAAGAGGUUGGCCGAACUGAAGCAGGAGAACAAGGAAGUACAUGCUGAUUGGACCAUCAUUCAGCAAUACCUGAUUGACUUGAAUCUGAGUGAUAAAUUCGAAAAGGAGAAGGCCAGAAUUCUCCAGGACCAACAACAUCAGGUCUCCAAAACUGUAGCAAAAGCUGAAAUUUCCACAGCCCAGGAAGAGGGCCUACUGCAGAAUGAGUUGCCACCUCAGGAGCCCCCUGCUGAGCUCCAUUCUCAACAACCAAAAAAACUCCUUGGAGGAAUCUUCUUCUACAUAAUUCAAUUCCUUAUGGUCCUCUGGCUUUUACGAGCUGAUUCUUAUGGAGAAAGAGUCAUCAGUAGCACAAUGGGAACAAGUCAGUGUCUAGAGCAUACAUUGAUAGACAUGUUUGCCCGAAACAGAAAACUUUUUCGGAGAACCAAUGUGGAUGCAAGAGAGAUAAGAGAGAGGAGGAAGGAAGCUGGUCUUUCAUCUGAGAGUAAUGAAGGACAAAAGAGGUGGUCAUGGAGAAUGUGGAGGGCUGGCAGGCAGACCUCAUCCCAUGCAACUGUCCUAAGCAAGAAGCAGGCCAAGGAGGGAGAGGAGAGGCUGACCAGAGAGCUGCAGCUCAUUACCCAAGAGAGAAAUGAGCUGAGAGAUCGCUUGAUCUAUGUCACAGAGGGAGCCAUGAACAAGAGGCCAUACUACACACCAAAUCCAUUAUAUGAAAAACUGAAGUUAAAGGAGAAGGAGAUUAUGACAUUUCUACACACCUUAGAGAAGGAGAAUAUUGAGGCCAAACAGACCUUCCAGGAUCUCAAGAAGGAGAUUAACUUCUAUCGCAACCUGCACAGCCGGCUCCUGAUGCAGAAGAACAUUUUGAAUAAGAGAUUGGUUACACUGAAGCAGGAGAACAAGGAAGUACAUGCUGAUUGGACCAUCAUUCAGCAAUACCUGAUUGACUUGAACCUGAAUCAUAAAGAUGAACAGGACAAGACCAGCAUCCUCCAGGGCCAACAACAUCAGGAUGCAGAGAGUGUAGCAAGAGCUGAAAUUUCCAUAGCCCAGGAAGUGGGCCUCCUGCAGAAUGAGUUGCCACCUCAGGAAGACACUGCUGAGCUCUAUCCUCAACAGCCACAAAAUACCUUGGAUGAGUCUUCUACCACAUAA